UGGGCGGACGGGAGGUCGCUGGGGGCAGGCAUCGACGGGACAGGCGGCAAGUGUAGGGGAAGAGGAGUUCGUGACGGGAGUUUGCUAGGGCAAGAGACGCCGCUGAUGCAGAAAUGUCAGCAUACGAGAAUGUAGUUGUUGGGAAGUUAAAGCUGAAAGGAAAAGCUUUGGACGUUAAGUCUGGUGGAGUAAAGAAGAAAAAGAAGCAUAGCCAUCACUAUAACAAUGAGUCUCAUAUUGGAGGCAAGGAGUAUCCAUCAGGAGGAAGUUCUGGACAGUCCACAGAGACACCAGACGAAGUGAUCGAAGCAAACAAAAUUGGCGAAGAAAGUACGCCGCAGGUAUAUGACGAUCAUCUCACACCCGCAGAGAGGCGCUACAUCGAACAGAGAGGAAAGAUUGACCAGCAUCUCAUGGCUAAAACUGCAAAUAAGUCUCACCGUGAUAGAAUCCAAGGGUUCAACCAAUACCUGGCAAAUCUGAGUGAGCAUUAUGAUAUUCCCAAAGUCGGCCCUGGAUAGAUAGAUUACCCCUUCAAAAGAUUGGAAGCAAUGUAAAUUUUUGCUUAGCCAAAGGUUUGUGUGGAAAACUAUCUUCCUCUGCUUAAAUGUAACACUUGCUAGAUUAGUUUCUCAUGAUUAGCACUGGUUUGUAUGGUCUUCGCUAUAUUUUAAGAUUGUAAGACGUUUUGUAUUAUUUGAAUGUUAAGGAUCUGUUGUGGACAUUUGUUUGUAACUGUGGGUUUUAGCUUAAGGGAUUUUAGAUGC